AUGACGACUUCUUGGGUGACAUCGAGUCAAAAACUCUCACAUUUGACUCCACCAACAUGCCCAGAUGAUGUAAAGGAUGUUGUGAAUAGAUGUGCUCGGUUUGAUCCAAAUUUACGCCCACAAGCAAUUGAGGCCCUCGUUUUGUUUAAAAAAAAUCAACCAAGCCAUCAGGAUUUGAUGGUCAACGGGAGUGGAUACCGAUUGAUUUCAUUUCAACAAGUUGUCAACGAGCCGUCUGCUAAAAGUCAA